AUCGUCGCCGGAGCCCCGGCCUUCUCCUUCAACAACCUCACCUCCUGGAGUUGCCACUUCCUUCCCCUCACCGGCCAGCAGGGCGCCGACACCUUUAUCCCCAUGACCAUGUGGCCGACCAUCCACGACGAUAUCCUGGCCCAGUGCGACGAGCUGGACGGCGUCAAGGACGGCUUCCUCGAGUCCCCCGACCUCUGCGACUACAAGCCCGAAAGCCUCCUCUGCGGCGUCAACAACAACCAGACAGACGCCUGCCUCACCCAGAGACAGGUUGAGACCCUCCGCGGUAUCUACGCGCCCCUCAUCGACGCCUCCGGCGACCUUGUCUACCCGCGUAUGCAGCCCGGUGCCGAGCUCAGCGGCGCACCGCAGACUUACUUCAACGGGCAGCCCUUUGGCGCCUCUGACUGGUUCAAGUACGCGAUCCUGAACGAUUCGACCUGGGACCCGGCUACUAUCACCCCCGAGGACUACGUGCGCUCAUCGAGCCUGAACCUCUUCAACGUCGAGACCUGGGACGGCGACCUGUCCCCCUUCCAGAACCGCGGUGGAAAGCUCCUGCACUACCACGGCCUCAUCGAUGGCACCAUUUCCAGCGACAACUCGCCCAGGUACUACGAGCACGUGUCUCAGACGAUGGGUUUGGCUCCAGCCGAGCUGGAUGAGUUUUACCGUCUGUUCCGUAUUUCCGGCCUCGCACACUGCAGCGGCGGAACCGGAGCUGCGUUCAUCGGUAACCAGGCCAGGAACAUGGCGAGCCUUGACCCAGAGGAGAACGUCCUCAUGGCUAUGGUUCGCUGGGUAGAGGAAGGUAUUGCUCCUGAGACUGUUACCGGUACCGCUUUCGUGAACAACACGGUGAGUGCUGGCGUCGACUACAAGCGUCGCCACUGCCGCUGGCCGACGCGUAACGUCUUCAAGGGAACUGGGGACUACAAGGAUGAGAACAACUGGGAAUGUGUGCCGAUCUAA